AAACAAAGUGCGAGUCACUGUGCAAAGGCCGGUGGAGAAAGUUGCCGUAAAGAGAUCUCCUCUGCGUUUAUACGCACACGUCUCACAUCUGUUUUGAUGUGUUGUUAAUACUGUACAAUAUGGGUCCUGGUUAGAAUCUUCUAGAAACGCAGGAGAACGGAGUUUCCUGUCUUUCGGACAGGGGCGAACAGCGGCCCGCUGCCGAAUCCAGGAGCCUCGGGGUGUAGUGAUUCGGAGUCGCCGGUCAGUGGUCGAAGGAGUGGGUGAAACGCCACAUUAUCUUAUAAACUCUGCCCCUUCUGUUCUGGGAGAGUUCUGUCCUGAAAAGUCGCCAAGAUAGCCGGGCCGGGCAGGAAGCGCCACACCCCAGAACCAGACCCCAGCAGUGACGGCGGUGCCGGACGGCCCGUGAGCAGCAAGUGGCUGAAGAUGGCCAGCAGCAGCGCCGAGGCUGCCGGCCGCCGCAGGGCCCCGCGCGGGACCGACGACGGCACCGGCAGCAGCACCAGCAAGAAGAAGCAGAAGGACCGGGCCAACCAGGAGAGCCGGGAGGCCAAGCGCACGGCCAGCGCCGAGGCCAAGAAAGAUGCAUUCAUUGAUUGGAAGCAGAACGCUAACGAGGUGAUCGUGAAGCUGCGCUCUGGUGACAGUGUGUUUAAGGUGGAGGACGUGAAUGUUGGCUUCUCUGACACAGCCUGUCAGGUCGGGUUCCCUGAUGGGCGCCAGUGGAGCUGUCACCUGCAUGCAGAAAUCGAGAGCUCCUGCAGCAAGGUGCAGUACAAGGAGAAGGGCAGCUUCCUGCAGCUGGUCAUGCAGAAGAAGAUCCCCUUCAACUCCUGGCCUUCGCUCAUGCGAAACAAGAAAGAGAAGGAACCUGUGGAUGUGCAGCCGGAGAACAGCAAGCAGCAGCCGGUAAAGCUGGAGAAAGCGGGAGAGCCAGCCGAGGCGCUCAAACCCUCUGCGGAGCCCUCUCCGCCGGCCGAGCAGAAACGCAGCAAACCGGAUCGUGGCGUGAAGCGCUCCAUAAAGAACAAACCGUCUGACAAGGCCGAAUUGCCCGGGACAAAGGGUGCGGAGACGACCAAACACGUGGGGAAAGGGGACCUGCCGGCCGAGCCCAGUGCCAAACGCACCAGUCGCCCGGCGAGAGGCCUUAACAGUGCGGAGCUGGGGGCUGCGAGGGACGCCCAGCCCAAGGGUCCAGCUAAUGAGAAGGUGAAGAGCGAGCGGGAACCGGGGGCUACUGUCACCCAGAACGGUGGUGCCAAACAGGCGAGUAACGAGAGGAAGUCCCCAGUUACACCGGCGGAGGGAUCAGCGGAGUGUAAGCAGGGAGCAAAAUCUCAGAUGAAAGUGCUGGUGGAGGAGAGGGGCCAGGCUCCCAUGCCCAAUGCCAGGCCGAGCCUGGAGGAAUGCACAGGGGUAGGAGCAGCCCCGGCCAGCACGAGCGUCGGGCCUGUGGCUGAUGCCCCCAUGGGGGCUGCUGUUGGGGCAGAGAGGCGGCAGGAGGGAGAGACGGACUCUGAGGCGGUAAAAAAGGGUGCCGAGGUGCCUGAGACGGCCGUGUCGCCCGCGGGGUGGGCCUCUCCUGCUCCCCAAGAGGCAGCCGUACGCAAGGAAGAGUGCCCGGCCAACCAGACAGGGAUGGAGGACGAGAAGACGGACAAGCCCAAAGAGGAGCCCUUGGAAAAGGAGCAGGAAGCUCCAGAACCCAUGGUGAAUCUGAAGUUUGUGAAGAAUGACUCGUACGAGAAAGGGAAUGACCUGAUGGUGGUAAAUGUGUACAUGAAAGGGAUAUGCAGGGAGACAGCAAAGGUGCUAUUCCGUGAGCAGGACUUCACGCUCAUCUUCCAGACCAGUGAUAAUAAUUUUUUGCGGCUUCACCCGGACUGUGGACCAAACACUGUCUUUAAGUGGCAGGUGAAACUCAGGAACCUCAUCCACCCUGACCAGUCUACCUAUGCCUUCACCCCGUCCCGAAUUGACAUCACACUAAAGAAGAGGCACAGCCAGCGCUGGGGGGGGCUGGAGGCCCCGGCAACACAAGGUGCAGUGGGUGGCGCCAAGGUUGCUGUGCCCUCAGGGCCUGCCUCUCUUGAUAAAAGCCAGCCGGGCAGUAGCCAGCACACCCUCCCCGCCAAGGAGGAGGCCCGGGUGGGGGAGCAGAAAGAGAAGGCCCCCCGGAGCGAGGACAGCGGCAGCCUGGACGCCGUGGCGGCCCGCACGGUCACCGAGCACGUCCCCAUCAAGCAGGAACCGCUCGUCGCCGCCGCGCCCAAGCCCACCUGCAUGGUGCCACCAAUGACACACGCGCCCCCUGCAGGCAGUGAGCGCGCAGAGGAAGAGGAGGAGAAGAAGGUGUGCUUGCCGGGCUUCACCGGCCUGGUCAACCUGGGCAACACCUGCUUCAUGAACAGCGUCAUCCAGUCCUUGUCCAACACGCGUGAACUGCGCGACUACUUCCAUGACCGAGCGUUUGAGACAGAGAUCAACUGUAAUAACCCGCUGGGCACAGGGGGGCGGCUGGCGAUUGGCUUCGCGGUGCUGCUUCGGGCUCUGUGGAAAGGAACACACCAUGCCUUCCAGCCCUCUAAGCUCAAGGCAAUAGUAGCCAGCAAGGCCAGCCAGUUCACAGGGUAUGCCCAGCACGAUGCCCAGGAAUUCAUGGCCUUCCUGCUGGACGGGCUCCAUGAGGACCUCAACCGCAUCCAGAACAAACCUUACACGGAAACCGUGGAUUCGGACGGACGGCAGGAUGAGGUUGUGGCAGAGGAGGCUUGGCAGAGGCAUAAGAUGAGGAAUGACUCCUUCAUCGUGGACCUGUUCCAGGGCCAGUACAAAUCCAAGCUGGUCUGCCCCAUCUGCUCCAAGGUAUCCAUAACCUUCGAUCCGUUCCUAUACCUGCCAGUCCCCUUGCCUCAAAAGCAGAAGGUCCUGACUGUGUUUUACUUUGCAAAGGAACCUCACAAGAAACCCAUCAAGUUUCUGGUGAGCGUCAGCAAGGAGAACUCCAGCACGGCUGAAGUACUGGAGUCCAUCUCCAAAAGUGUGCGGAUAAAACCAGAGAACCUGCGGCUGGCCGAGGUCGUGAAGAGUCGGUUCCACAGAAUUUUCCUCCCCUCCCAUUCUCUGGACACCGUGUCCCCCUCGGACAUGCUGUUCUGUUUUGAGGUGCUGUCCAAGGAGCUGGCCAAAGAGAGGGUGGUGGUGCUGCAGGUCCAGCAGAGGCCGCAGGUGCCUAGCAUCCCCAUUGCGAAGUGCGCGGCCUGUCAGAAGCCCCCUCAGUCCGAGGACGAGAAGCUGAAGCGCUGCACCCGCUGCUACCGAGUGGGAUACUGCAACCAAAUGUGCCAGAAGAAUCACUGGCCCAAUCACAAGACUCUGUGCCGACCAAACGUGGAAAAUGUUGGUUUCCCCUUUCUGGUCAGCAUUCCGGAGUCCCGCCUCACCUACGCCCGACUCACCCAGCUGUUGGAGGGGUACUCCAGGUACUCUGUGAACGUUUUCCAGCCCCCGUUCCAGUCUGGCAGGGUGUCCCCAGAGGCCAGCCAGUGCCGAGCCGACCCGCCCUCCGUGACGGCAGAGACCUCCGACUGUGCCUCUCAGGAAGGGGACCCUCAGGCUGGUGGUGUGGGGGACAGCAAGGAGCGGCAGGAAGGCUCCAGCCAGCCCCCUGAGGGUCCCGGCGUGGCUGGGCUGGCCUCUGGCCUCUCGAGUGGGGAUCAGGACUACCUUUCCACUCACACCACAGACUCCGGCUUUUCAGAGCCAACUUCAGAUACCCAUGAUCCUCUUGGGGAGAAGGAGACGUCAUAUGAGAAGGCCGUGAAGCCGGAGGCUGUAGUAACUGGGUACCAGCAGCCCACUGAGUCUGCCGCUGGUCCUGCCUCCCAGUUCUACAUCUGCCUUCUGGACUCAGCCAACAAGGAACAAAAACUGGAGGAUAAAGGUGAUGCUCUGAUGGAUUUGCCUGAGGACGCCACUCUGGAGCUGGUGUGGAAGAACAACGAGCGGCUGAAGGAGUACGUGCUGGUCAGGUCCAAGGAGCUGGAGUUCGUGGAGGACCCUGGCUCUGCCAGCGAGACAGCCAGGGCUGGCCACUUCACCCUGGAACAGUGCCUCAACCUCUUCACCAAGCCUGAAGUGCUGGCCCCAGAGGAGGCCUGGUACUGUCCUAAGUGCCAGCAGCACAGAGAGGCGUCCAAGCAGCUGAUGCUGUGGCGUCUUCCCAACGUCCUCAUCAUACAGCUCAAGCGCUUCUCCUUCCGCAGCUUCAUCUGGAGGGACAAGAUCAACGACAUGGUGGACUUUCCUGUCAGGAACCUGGACCUCAGCAAGUUCUGCAUCGGUCAGAAGGACGAUGUGCAGCAGCCCCCCAUCUAUGACCUGUACGCUGUCAUCAACCACUAUGGGGGCAUGAUUGGGGGGCACUACACCGCCUACGCUCGGCUGCCUAGCGACAAGAACAGCCAGCGCAGUGACGUGGGCUGGCGUCUGUUUGAUGACAGCACCGUGACCACAGUGGAGGAGAGCCAGGUUGUCACACGUUAUGCGUAUGUUUUGUUCUACCGCCGACGCAACUCCCCUGUCGAGAGGCCUGUACGUCUACCUGGACCCAUGGGUGCCGAGUCCCCCGCCGCUGCAGGAGCCACCGCCAGCCAGGCCUCUAACCAGGCAUUGUUUGGGACAGACCUGGACCCCGAAGGCCCCCCACAACUGACCCCAGAAGUGACCUCUGACCUGUUUGCCCAUUCGGGAGACUGUGCCGCCCCAUCUUACAGCAACAUGGAGGAAGUGGAUUAAAUGGCCUGCCUAACACUGGACAUCAGCGGUGGCCAGUCAACAAUGCAUACCCUGGAGAUAUUUUCUUCAGCUAAAGACACUUGAGUGCUUACUAAUUAAUGUGUCGAAGGAAGGAAGAGCAGUUGUCUCAGUCACAAUUUGACAUUUGACAGGUGACAGGGUGGCAGUAUUGCACAUGCUUAGAAUAUAACCAUGUACACACGCACACGCACACACAGGCACACACACUGUGUAUGCCCCUCACACACACAUACACACAUGCACACACUCAUGAGCAACUUGUUGCCCACUUCCCUCGUUUGCACUGUUGGCCCAGUUGUUGCCGCCCAGUGAAGCCCUAAGGAGGAAUGGCUUCAUGUCGACAGUAGGUAGUGAUCACCUCUCUUGCCUGCAAGUUAAUUUCACCAUCACUUCAAACUCUUCACCUGACCUUUCUCCCCUCCCAGAUACUUCAGCACAGUUACUUAUUGUCAUCAGGUGACUUUCACACAUCCUUCAAACUCUGUUUGGUCUUGGGAAAGGUUGGGGAUGGGGGAGGGCAUUUUUUGUGUGCUUUUUGAGUAGCCUUGUCUGGUGUGUUUAUGGAAAUCUCUGUGGGGUUUUGCAAGCUGAGCUGUUAAUGUAGCGAACGCCAUGAAAAUGACAUGGCCGUUGAGAGGAGGCCAUGUUUCACAAGAGGACAGAAGAGACAAAAAAUGACCUUCCAUCUGCUGUUGACUUUCCCUCUAUAUUCAAAUUUCUACUGCCUAACAAGGUGGCAUUUUGAUUUUGCUAUUAUACUUUUUAUUCAGCAAGAGGAAAUAGUAACCUGGUAAGUUAUUUGAUCAACCCCUGUGGAUGUGUUCUGUAACAGAAAAAAAAAAAA